AUGAGUCCAGAACGGGAAGCACAAGAGUCAGAGGAUAUGCUAGAAUCGAUAGAUGAACUCAAAGAAAGGCUGACAUCGAUGAAGAAAAUGAUGGAGGAACGAAAAUCCACAGGAUCCGGCACGAAGGACCUAUUCCAAGGUCAUGCUAGGAGUCUCCAAGGGACGACAAUGAUUGACGGGAACUUCCUGAGCUUCGUUUUCGGCGGCUCCCUGUUUGUGAUUCUUAGUGUCUCGGUGUACGCAUUUUAUAAUCUGUAUCAUGCUGUCUUGAAAAAGUUUCCUUCGAGCCAUACAGAGUUGUAA